AUGGUUAUGUUUUGUGCAUUGUUGAUAAUUUUUCAAAGAAUGGGUACUGGACGGAAGGCAGAGACCUACAAUGCCCCAGCACCAAAACAAGAUCGAAGCAAUACUCGGUGGUAUGGUGACCAAUCUUUUCCUGCACGUAAUCUUGGGGAAGAUGCGCUAGCAGGAGUUAUUUUCGGCUGCACCAACAAAACAAUGAACGAAUGCCUCUCUAAACAGCUAUUUGGUUUGCCUGCAUGCCAUUUCUCCUAUGUGAAGAAUAUUAAACCUGGACUGCCUCUGUUUCUGUUCAAUUAUAGUGACAGAAAACUGCAUGGCAUUUUCGAAGCUGCCACUCCUGGCCAGCUUACCAUUGACCAAUUUGCUUGGAGUCAUGAUGGUAGAACAAAGACACAGUAUCCCGCACAGGUUCGCGUCUCUAUCAAAACUCAGUGCCUACCACUUCCAGAGAACAUAUACAAAGGCGUGAUUAGUGGCAAUUAUCACAAGUUUCGCCACUUCCACUUUGAGCUAGACCAUGCACAAACAAGAGACUUAGUUUCUUUGUUUGUACCUGCUCCUGUUGGUGCUGUUCCAAACGAGCGGAAUUUUUCGGUACCUCGUGCUCCUGUUGACGCUGCUCCAAACAGAUGCAGUCUUUCUGGACCUCUGCCAUCUCCAACAGGAGCACAGCUUGUUCGUGGCGUAGUGUCGACUGAGUCUGGUUCAACGGAUGGUGAACAGUUUGCCGGUUCAGCAUAUUCAGUUGAUAGAAAUGCUGACCAUGCCAGUGCAAGUAGAACAUCAAAGAGCAACUUUGAUGAAGAGCCUUCUGAGUGGGAUGAUUUGGAUGAUGGUGUGACUGAGAAAGGAACAAAGUCUGUGAAUGAUGGCCAUCCACAUAUCAAUCCAUUGAAUGGUCAACAGCAUGACCCAAUGGAUGUUUUGCAGAAGUUGCAAGAACUGUCUCUUUUACGGCAGGAGAAGGCCCAACCCUCGGAGGUUGCUGUUGAUUAUACUUCAGGUAGAAGCAGACUUCAAGAAUCACCACUGGGUGCUGCUUUUGGCAAAGAUCCAUCAAACGCCACCUUGGGCGGUGAUGCACCUGUGAAAGACAGCACAUCCUUUGAGCAACUUUGUGGAAAUGAUGAGCUGCUUCAGAUCAUCAAUGAAUUAUCCAAGAAGACCGAAGCAAUUGGGAAAAAGCAGACCGAGUCAGAUGAAGAAAUACUUGUAUUGAGGGCAACUGUAAAGGACAUGGAAAGAAAAAUUCAGGAACUGCAGUACCAAUAUGGGAAAUUACAGUUGGAGUAUUCAGCAGCACUUCUUGGUGAACCACGCAAUAUUCUGGAAGGGCCAUCAAUUUUCCUAAUAGGUGGCCAUAAUGGCAUCACCUGGUUGCCAUCCCUCGAUUCCUUUUACCCUACAGCAGAUAGACUAGUGCCGCUGAGGCCAAUGAGCUCAGCCCGUUCAUAUGCUGCUGUUGCUGCAUUGAAUGAUCAUCUCUUUGUUAUUGGUGGCGGCGAUGGCGAUUCAUGGUAUACCACAGUGGAAUGCUACAACAGGGUGAGCAAUGAGUGGAUGGCAUGCCCAUGCUUGAAACAGAAGAAAGGAAGUCUUGCUGGAGCUACAUUGAAUGGUAAAAUAUUUGCUAUUGGUGGGGGCGAUGAGUCGAGAUCUUUUUCAGAAGUUGAGAUGUUGAUCCAGUACUUGGGAGUUGGAUAUACAGCCCGUCUAUGCAACAAUGUCGAUUUGCUCCUGCUGCAGCCGAAUUAA